AUGGAGUCCGCACAGGGUCUGCUCAUUGAACAAUUGAAACAAAAGGAAUUCAACGCCUGUCAGAGUGAGUUGUUGCAUCAUGGAGGAAGUGGGGUGAUCAGCGAAUCGGAGAAGCCCAUUUUAUUGGAUAUAAUAAUUGCUUUGCAAUCCGAAAUUUUUGAUUUCUUCGGGGAUUUGCAGAUUUUCUCCGAUUUCUGAUCGCUCAAGCUGGAUUUUCCCAAAUUUAAAAGCUUUUAAAAUUAUUUUGUAUGUGUUCUUCUGUCAGAUUGAUUUUUAAGAAUGUUUUUUACGCAAAUUUACCCUUGAUUUUUCAGAUAUCCUCCUCUCUUUGAUGAAUCAACACAUGAUCCAGCCCCAAACUUCUCAAGAAGUCAACAUCUCCUCUCUCUUCAAUCUCCCCGCUCUCUCGCCCCUCACAACUUCGCCCACUUCACCGUCGCCCGCUUCGACCGUACUCCCAUCGUCGUCGAUUUCGCCGGUAGCGUCGCCGUCCAGUUCGGUGGAUAGUGGGAUCGACGGGGAUGAUGACAAACGACCUCACCAAUGUCCGGAAUGCCUGAAGCGUUUUCGGUUCAAGUCGAAUCUGUUCGAGCACAAGACCCUUCAUCAACGCUCCACGCCGUUCGUUUGCCCCUUCUGUGCCAAGACCUGUCGGCUGAAGGGGAAUUUGAAGAAGCAUUUGCAAGUCCACGUCAACUCAUCACAGGAGCUGGAAGAGUUGUGGAAGCAGAGAUUCUCGAGGUCUUCGGGGCGUCCACGAAAACACCCGUUGCCUCAGCAAACCCCUGAGGGCAUGCGACAACAACAGGCACUGAAUACUUUCAAUCUGUUCAGCUUGCCACCUCUUGUACAGAUCUAA